AUGCAGCGCCAAACUACAUCUCCAUCCAUGGUACCGCCGAUGGCGGGGAUGAGUACCCAAGGAGAAGAAGAGUGGGACCAAGAAGAAACCGGUAGCUCGGGGGAGGAAGAAUCGGAAGGAGAAGGUAGUGAGUCCGUCUCUGAAGGGAGUAAUGUUGAGAUGGAUCCAUCCGGACCCAAUGGUCCUCCUCCAAGCAAUCCAACUCUCAAUUCACCUCAAACAGCUCCACUCAGAAGUUCACAAAGUGGAGGACAACCGUCGCGUUUGCCACUCAAUAGAACGAUGUCACUCUCUAGUCAAGCUGUGGCUCCUACAGGGAAUGGGUACAGUAAGAAGAAUGUGGAAUCUACCGCUGAGGACCUCAGCACGAAGCUCAAUUACAAUGGGAUCACUAAACAGGUUCUAUAUGAUUAUAUGACUUCAAGGGGCACGACGAACUCAGAUCGUGUGAAGGCUGCUUUUGAAGCGCUGACAGAUGGAGCAGCGAAAUUAAGGGAAAGUGGAGAGGACACCUAUCAGUCGGGAAGAGUGGUUGGAUGGCAACAGAGGCUCAACUAUUACACUAACACCAUUGUUCCUGGUGUUUCUGAACUCCAACCAAAGCUGAAGCCUAUACCUCGUCCCAUUCCCUCUUCCUUCUCCAUGUAUGGCAUGGAAAGUGCUUUACCUAGUAUGGAUGAAGGUCAAGAAUUCAUUCCCAGUAUGCCCGGUAUGCCCCGUAUGCCCAUGCGUUCUGGAACUAUUCCCAGUAUGUCUCAACCUUCCAUGGGAGGUCCACCAGGAUUAUCCGGCUCCUCCACUUUUCCUAUGGAAAUGGGAACGGGAAUGGGAAUGGGAGGGGGAAUGGAAAUGGGAGGGGGAAUGGGAAUGGGAAUGGGAAGAGGAAUGGCACGUCCACCUCCAUCAUCUUCUGCUAAUGGACCUUCCGGAAUGGGACCAUCCGGAAUGGGGAGGUCAGGACCUACAGGACCACCAAGAACGGCAAGGGGGUCGAUGGGACCUUCAGGACACCCCUCAAUCCUGAGAAACAAUGCUCAAUCCUUUCAGAAUUUCUCGGGUAUCCCAGAUGAGAUUCCGAUGGGACGUGGAAUGCCUACAAGUACUGGGACAAAUGUUUCAAAUCCAUCUACCCGUGGUCCUCCUCUGACUUCGGUCCCUAGCUCAGAGGCUACUAAGCCGAAGAAAAAGAAAGUGACUAUUGAUACCGAGUCCACAUCCUCAAGACCAGCAGGUACGGAAGCAGGAACAAAGACAAAGAAGAAACAUCAUCAUCAUCAUUCUGGUAAAGGAAAGUCUGGGUCGAAAGCGAGUACAGAGUCUAAGAGAACAGUGGGUAUACUGCAAGGGUUUUUCAGUACUGGUAGUAGCCAGAUGAAAUGGUAA